UUUGUUUAGCCGCGGAAAUGCAGGUCUGCUAUUGGGCGAAUCUUUUGGCGCGAGCCUCCAGCGCCUCUAUCGGAACGCCAUUUAACGUUUCCUGCACGGCGUAGAGCAGCCAACUACCAUAAGAUUGGUGCUUCGUCGUAUUGAUUUUAUUUUAACUUAUUAACCAUUUUGAAAAACAUGUCUGAUGACGGUACUGUCACAACAAAAAGAGGUCGCAAGCCGGCUGACAAAACGGAAAAACCUGAAAAAGCAGAGAAAGUAGAAAAAACCGAAUCCAAGAAAAGGAAAGCGAAAGACACAAAAGAGGAUUCUAAUGACGUAUCCCCUGUAAAGAGAGGAAGAGGAAGACCAAAAGGCAGCAGUAAAAAGAAGGCCGCUGCCAAGCCAAAACCUAAAGGAACUUCUGGACCAGGAAGGAGAGGGAGACCAAGAAAGGAAGCACCAAAAGAAUCUGAAGAAGAGGAAGAGGACGAGGAAGAAGCUGCAGCUGAAGAGGAAGAAGAUGACGAAUAAUCAAUUUAAGAUAUAGUUUUAAGAAAAUCAUCUGUUCAUCGUCCAUUCUUUUAUUUCGUAUAAAAUUUUUCUGAUGUACUGUGCCAUUGUUUGUAUUAUCUUCAUGUGUAUGUCAUAGGUCAGAUUUAUUUUCCUGUUGUCAUAGCAACAAAAAAAACGAUCUUCAGUUUACUUACUAUUAAUUUUAAGUAUGUAUUAUAAAUUAUUCGAAUAUUCUAGUGUACUGAAAAGUGUUUGUGUUCAAAACAUCAAAAACACUCAUUAAAUCUUCAAGUAAUAUUACAA